AUGGAGAUGCCAUCAUAUUUAUAUUUAUAUUCCAUUCAAGAAGAUGAAGUUAAUUUGCCACCACACAUUCCACCAUUCAACAAUGUUUCAGCUAAUGAGAACAAAAGCCUUUCUCCUAAAAAAAAACCUACCAAGAAAAUUCAACAUUGGAAUGCAAAAGAGCACAGGUUAUUUUUAGAAGGACUUGAAAGGUUCGGCAAGGGAAAUUGGAAAAAGAUUUCAAAGCAUGUUGUUUCAAAAUCAUCAACUCAAGUUGCUAGCCAUGCUCAAAAGUAUUUCAUCAGAAUUCAACAAAAUAAUAAUUUAUCAAACAAUAAGAUGGAAAGAAGAAGCAAAGUUGACAACAGUCCUUUAUUCUAUGGAAAAUUUUACCCUGUUGAGGCCUUUAACUUCAUCCAAACACAACCAUUUAUAGACGAAUUCCUAAAACAACCAAUUCCACAAGUCCAAGAAUAG